UUUAGAAUAACGUCUGUCAGCUAAAAGAAACAUGAGUGGGGGUAACAUCAGUCUCAAUGCAACUCAGUCACCUGAACAAGAUGCAGCUUCCAGACACAUACAAACAGCCUCUAUUGUCAUCUACUGUAUGAUAGUUAUAGCUGGAACUUUGGGCAAUGCUCUGGUUAUCUAUGUGACGGGCUUCAAAAUGAAGAAAACAGUUGACUCAGUUUGGUUUCUCAACCUGGCCAUAGCUGACUUCCUCUUCACAGGCUUCCUGAUUUUCUCGAUCAUUUCUCUCUCUCAGAGUCACCGAUGGCCUUUUGGACAAUUCAUGUGCAAGCUCAACAGUUUUUUGAGUUUAGUCAACAUGUUUGCCAGUGUCUUCAUUUUAACAGCCAUGAGUUUGGAUCGUUGUUUGUCCAUCUGGGUGGUGGUGUGGGCACACAACAAACGCACAGUCUGCAAAGCUCAGCUCAUAUGUGUUGGUAUCUGGGUGAUUGCUGCGGUCUGCAGCACUCCUUAUGCAACUUUUCGCACUGUUGUGGAAUACAAUGGGGUACAUUACUGUGGUUAUUCUAUGACACAUGAACAGCAAUGGAGUCUCCACAUUUUUCGCUUUCUUAUGGGCUUUGUGAUCCCAUUCCUGGUCAUAUUUGUGUCUUAUGUGGCCAUAGGCAUACGUGCAAUGCGCAUGUCAAGAACAAGGAGACGCAGAUCUCGCCGAAUCAUUUUCUCAAUCAUUUUUGCAUUCUUCAUCUGUUGGUUGCCCUUCCAUGUUUGCAAUUUUAUAGAAUUAAAGGCUGUGACUAACCCUAAAACCUUGCCCAUUGUUAGAAUCGUGGGUUCUCUGACUUUGAGUCUGGCUUUUCUGAACAGCUGCUUGAACCCCAUCCUUUAUGUUUUCAUGUGUGAAGAAUUCAUAAAAAAGCUUCGGCAGUCCAUAUGUUUUGUACUCGAAAGUGCUCUGGCAGAGGACCAUUUAUCGUUUAUGUCCACUCGCUCUGUGUCAUCAACCUUUUCAAGGAUUUCCCAAAAGUCAGAAGCUGCUGCAACUUUGGAGAAGAUCGACCCAGCUGCUUUUGAAUCCUGCACAGAAAGCAAAGUAGUCAUCACUGAGGAGACACCAAACCCCGAAUAAAAACUUACCGUUGGCAAUGUAAAUUUGAAUUAAUUUUUUAAUGUAAAAUUUAAUCUCAGGAUGAUUCAGAUUGUAAAUUUGUGCAAAAAAAUCUAAAAUGUUUUGUUGUUUUGUUUUUGUGACCCCUACUGUUUUCUUUAGAUUUUUCUAACUAUUCCAGGGGAAAUCUCACUAUGCUCCAUGCAGUAGUAAGAAAACUAAACUAGCCAUUAUAAUAGAAAACCUAUGAAGCUUUGAAUU